AUGGUAAUAUUUACGGUAAUUGAACUUAGUUAUCGCGUUAUCGCCACCGAUUUAAAACGUUUUAUUAAAUAUUCCAUUAUGGGCGUCGUCGUUAAUAUAAUUAAACAAAUUACCCGCGUCGGCGGCGGUAUUAUUAUAUCCGACGUAAUCGCCGCUAUUAAUACGGCCGGUAUAUUCGUCCAAAUUGGUAAUUGCAAUUGCGUCGGCGCAUUCGGAACCGGUUUCGGUGGCGGUUAUAAUAACCUUAUCGGAAAAUUCGGUAUAACCGUCGAUAAUAUAUCAUCCUUCCGGGUAAUUACCGCCGCCGGGAAAGCGAUUAAUAUUAACCCUUUUUUCCGCGGUAAUAACGAGGAAAUUAACCGUAAAACGUUCGCAUUUUUUUAUAUUUUUUCCCCGUUUACCCAAAAUUCCCACGUCGCCCCGUAUACCGGUUGGAACGUUUUUAACGACUUUUUUUAUACCCGUGGCGACCGGAAACCCGCUUUUACCAUUACCUUCCCCAAAAUAAAAGUUUUAUCCUGGCCCGCCGUUUGGGAUUUGUACGAUAAUUUCCAAAAAAUUACCCGGUACCCAAAACUCGGUUAUUUUUAUUAG